CCUAAUAAGUUUUUACGAAAAUAUAUCCUGGCCAUAAAGUCGCUGAAGCGUCUCAUACAUAACAUUCAAAACAACAAAAACCCUUCAAAACUUUCAUCCUUCGCCACUGAAGUAGCUCUUAAAAUUUCAAAGAAUUUCAUGUCACUAAAAACCCUGAGAAAGGCGCAGAGAAUUGUUCUUCAAGAAAAAUAUGCAAAAGAAAAAGAAUAUAUCA